CGCCGCCACAUUCAUCAGUAGAAACCACCUAUCCUGCCUGCUCUACCUACCUCCGCUCCCCAGCCAUGACGGUGCUGGACGCCGAGUCGCGGUUCCAUGUCCUGGCGGUGGACGACAGCAUCAUCGACAGGAAGCUCAUCGAGAUGCUGCUCAAGAGCUCGUCUUACCAAGUGACCACGGUGGAUUCCGGGAACAAGGCGCUGGAGCUGCUGGGGCUGAGGGACAACGGCGCGGAGGACGCGUCGCCGCCGUCAUCGUCCUCAUCAUCUUCGUCGUCGUCCUCCCCUGACCAUCAGGAGAUCGACGUGAGUCUCAUCAUCACUGACUACUGCAUGCCCGGCAUGACAGGAUACGAUCUGCUCAAGCGAGUGAAGGGGUCCUCAUCGCUCAAGGACAUUCCGGUGGUGAUCAUGUCGUCUGAGAACGUGCCUGCCCGGAUCAGCAGGUGCUUGCAGGAUGGCGCGGAGGAGUUCUUCCUGAAGCCCGUGAAGCCGGCCGACAUGAAGAAGCUCAAGUCACACCUGCUGAAGCGGAAGCAGCCCAACCAGAAGAACAAGCCUCAGGCGCAGGCGGUGGAGUCUCCUGAGCAGCAGCUGGACCCGCAUCCGCAGCCGGUGCACGAGCCGGAGGAAGCCGCGGCAGAUCGCAACGGCGUCAACAAGAGGAAGGCAGCGGCCAUGGAGGAGGGGCUGACCGUGGUGGUGACGGCGCCGGAGAGCACCAAGCCGAGGAGGCUGUCUACGAGCAGCCUGACUGUGGAGACCUGAUCAACCGUGGCGACCUACGGGCUACGGCUACGCACAUUAAUCUAGCAGUGGAUGCAAGCCCCAGUCCCAGCCCCGCCGCCAAGAAACACAUUUUGGUUCUGGGAGCUAACGGAGGGAAGUGACAAACAAUUAAAUUAUAUGUAGCGGCUGCUGCUUCGGCCUGCAAAUUUUGUUGCGCUAACGGUCAUGGACAUGGACAUGGACACCAUCCCUUGUGUUCGUUAAUCGUUCGGAAGGGGAAAAGAAGAAGAAGCUGUAGAUAAAAAAAGGACAGGCGGCUAAUUGUUAAUUUCCGCAUGGCUUAAUUCUGGCAA